GAUGCGGUGGAAUUCUUCACCAUGGCAGCAAGCACGAUAGGCUCCACCAUCGGAUCAGGGCUGUACCGAAUGCUCCAUAGAAUUAGAGCAAACCGAUGCGAACCCUAAGCCCAUCUACAGCUGCUAAGCUUUUUGCCACCGGGGCCACCGUUGGUCCGAUCGUCGACUCUCUUCACAAUCAGUGCUUGCUUCGCUACCAAGUUCUCCCGAUAUGUCUCGAAUGGCCACCGGCAUUCCUGCAGAAGCAGACCGAAAUGGUCGGCUUCGCUGCCAUAGCUAGUGAUGCGAGUGGUGCCAUUUCCGACCAGUAUCCGUUUUUCUUUUGCUCCAGUUGGACCGUGCCUCCUCUCUUAGGAUUUGCUUACGUUGUUCUCGGAGGGGUUUUGCCACGAAUCGCAGAGACGUUUGCAGAAUUGCUAUCGAAUCAAAAUCCAAACCAGAGACCGCCUCUCUUAGAGACAACCGCGAAAGCAUCUAUUCCUUAUUCGUCAUCACGGGAACUUCGAACUCGCGCGAUCCUUGCCGUAACCUCAACGGCACUGAUAAUAAAACUCUCUGAAGUCCUGGAAACCCACCCAGGCAUAUUCGACAACCUGAAUGUCGCGCACGGACACCCCGAAGCGGCAUCUCUGUGUGUGAUGAUAGCGGCAGCUGUGUUGCAGUGGGUGUUAUUGGAUGGGUCGAUUACUGCACUAUUGGUGGCUACCGUGACCGCCGUCGGUGGUCCUAUUAGCGAAUUGCCGUUUGUCGGCCACGGCGUUUGGACGUAUCUCGAAGGGGCCGCCGAUUACCUACCGUUGCAAAACUUCUUGGUCGACUCGGUUGCCACUACCGCUUCCGACGACAGCAGUUUGCUUCUCCAAUUGCUCCGAGUUGUCUUUGGUACAUCGAGCUAUCGGGAGUUGGCCUUGUCUAGCAUUACUGGGCCGUGUUAUUUUGCCGUAGCAAUGGACGCCAUUGCACUUGGUAGGUGGUUCGACACUCAGUCCGUGGCACCGGCGUCGUUGCCCGCGCCUUUCGAGAAUGAUACGAGAUGAGAUCUUGACAAAAUGUAAGCCUUAGACUCAUA